CGGGGUGACCGGACAAACGUCCUGCGGCAGGUAUUAAACGGGGCCCGGAGCCUCUGCUGCCCCGGAGACCUUAAACCGAGUCCCGUAGACGAGCAGACACUCCACCGCUGGAAGAAAACGGAUAACAUUUCUCAUUUUCCCCUCAGAAAACCGUUGGAUGUUAUUUCCCUGCCAUUCAAGACCGCUAUCGAGGAAGGACAGGAUUUGUCAGGACCAUGCUCUCCAUGAGUUCCAUGGACCCCUGGCCGGAGGGCUCGGUGGGCUUGGAGGAGGAAGUGGUGACUGCAGCGGCUCAGGCCGAGCGUUUGGACACCUCCACACCGCUCCAGUGCAACACCAGUUUAGACUCCGACAAUUUAGACGACAGCCUGACCAGCCUCCAGUGGCUGCAGGAGUUCUCCAUCCUCAACGCCAGCACAGGACAGCACACGUCCCCGUCUAGCCACAGCCACCUCAUGGGCUCAGACGCGCCCUCUUCACCGUUAGCAGGAGACCCGGCGUCUAUAGGCAUGCCACUGACCCCUGGGAAACCCACGGCGGCGUCUUUCUGCAGAGUGCCCAUGUUUUCAGCUCUGCCCAGCCUGGUGGCGCAUGGACACUGUCCCGACGAAGUCGAUUAUAAGUCCAACCCGCACAUCAAGCCGCCAUACUCAUAUGCAACUCUCAUAUGCAUGGCUAUGCAGGCAAGCAAGAAAACCAAAAUCACACUUUCAUGCAUCUACAAGUGGAUCACGGACAACUUCUGCUACUUCCGCCACGCAGAUCCCACCUGGCAGAACUCCAUCCGCCACAAUCUGUCCCUGAACAAAUGCUUCAUAAAAGUCCCAAGGCAGAAGGAUGAACCGGGCAAAGGCGGCUUCUGGAAAAUCGACCCGCAGUACGCCGAACGUCUCUUAAACGGAGCCUACAAGAAGCGCAGAUUACCUCCAGUGCAGAUCAAUCCAGCUCUCCAGCACCGACUCAGGAUGAACGCUCAAGCUACAGGAGUAAUAUCCCGAAACCUGAGCGUGAGUCCCGAAUCCCAGCAGCUCCUGAAGGACUUCGAGGAGGCCACCAGCGCAGACCAGAACUGGGACCCGCGAUUGGCUGAAGCCACAAUGUUGAGUUGCUGGAUCUCCGGGAAGGGAACCAACAAACGAAAACAGCCGUAUAACCACAGGACUGGAAAAACUCCUCGACGCUCAAGCUCUCCUCUUCUGGUCAUGGAUGAACAGGAGGAUUUGAGCUCCCUGAGGGGCAACUUUGACUGGGACGCUCUACUGGAUUCAGCCCUGAAUGGAGAAUUAAGCUUGAAUGAAGGAAGCCCAUUAAGUCCAACGCCUCAAGACGAAGAGUUGAUGAUUAGAGGAACGCAUAUAAGUCCUCAAGAAGCUCCCGUUGAGAAUCACGUCUUGAUGGAAACCCAAAGGAGCGGCGAUGAGGACUUUGACGAGGAAACUUUUUUGGCUACGGCGUUUUUGCAGAGCCCCUGGUCAGAGGUGGACGAAUCCAACCGUUCCGACUUCCUCGGCAGCUCCACCGUAAGCAUCGAUCAACUCUUCGAUCUCUCUUUCGGAGGGGAUUUAAGCAGUAAAAUCGAGACUCUGCUUUGAAGAGGGUUACAUUUUGGUCCUUUGAGUCAAAGAACUGUGAGGGUUUGGAUUGUUUUUACCCCCCCACCCCACCUAAAAAAAAAAGAUGAAUUGUGGAUUCCAUGAACUCCACACGAAGAUGUAUUUUUAAAAGUGUAUCUAUUUCUUAUAUUGAUUUUUAUGAUUGUGUUUUUUUGUAUCUGAUAUAUUAUCUACCUGCAUUGAAGUUAAUCCAAUCAAGAUCCUUAGCAUUGCUUUCGGGAAGAUCUGAUUCGCUGGUUGAGCGCCAAUCCUGCGCGAACUUACGGAGAGAUGCGAGCUUAUUGUUUACAAUUCAAACUUACACGCAAGUACAAGAGAUUCAUUGAAGAAGGGAACAAUCUCGACAUCUUGUGAACCAAAAUCUGCUUUUCCACAUGGUACGGUUUAGCACUCGGAUUUUUCUUCGCUUAGUUUGUGUUUCCACAGUUUAGUACUUCUUUAAGUGGGCGAGAUUAUCGAUGUAGUUGCGCCGCCUUUGCUACUAUGGCAUCAUCGCGAACAAGCAUGAGAUAAACAAAUGCGCUACACAAACAAAGGCAAUUGAUACUGAUGCAAAAUUGUUCUUGAGCAGCUGACUAUUUAAAUAUUGGUCUCUAUUAGUGUUGUCUUUAACACGAUACUGGAAUUCGGUACCAGUUGGUACUAAAAUUAAUACACGUCCAAUUCCCGCUAACAUUCGAGCUUGUUCUUAAACAGCUCUGAUUAACCAUUGUGUUCCUAUGCUCAACAGAAAUGACUGUGAUUGGCUGUGAAGGUCAUCAGUUCGCCCAACUCACCGCUGUUUACUGAGUGUAACCACAGAUGCAGGGACACUGGAGCAUUUUAAAGCCGCGAUUUAUUAGCGAAUCGCUUGUAUUUCAGCUUAUAGGCAAACCAGCUGAUCGACGCAGCUUUAAAAUGCUCCAGUGUUGUUGGUGCCCAUGCAACUGGGAAAAUGGUGCAAAUUUAGUUCUCUGAAGGACCGUCUUGUUGACUAGCUGGUGCGAAAGCCCUUCAUGGCAUCAUUUUGAAACAUCCUAUUGGAUAAGAGUGGACUAAAUGCUGUUUAUAGCAGUUGUUCUCAGGACGUCCCACCUGAUUUAGUGGAGCCUCUUAAAAUCGCCCACACGAACACGGGUAUUUUCAAAACCGCCAUAUUUUUGACUGACUCCAGCCAGGAUUUUCAGAAACUCCGGGUGCAGUGUGGAUGUGUCCACUAAAACUCGAAUUUUUGCCUGAUGACAUCAGUGUGCAUGCUGCAUUCUGAUUGGCCAACAUGGCUUUGCUCAUGCUGGGUUCAUGAAUCAAUGGGUUCAAUGCGAUUGAGAGGAAUUCUGAGCAUUCACAAUGGUAAUUAUUUGGUAAUCAAUGGGAAUAAUUGCCUUUGUUGGCACAUUUGCAUUGAAUUUCAUGUAAAUUACUCAUGCAAAUGCUUAAUCCAUCAUAAAAGGCUUUUCAUCGCCACCUGUUGGUUCGCACUGGCAUCACAUUUUCAUGUUUUUAAUUUUUUUUUAUUAGGGAGGGGAAAAUACCCGUGUACAUGUGAACAUGGCCUGAGAUGUCCGUAAUGUGCAGUGCUACAAUCAUCCAACACUGCGAUUGAAAUAAAUUGGUUCAGGGUGCGAUUCACAACCAUUUACUAAAAUUUAAAAUAAUACCUUUUAAAAACGUAACUCUCCCAAAACCCAUUUGUUGUGUAAAUGAAUGACCAAAAACACUCAAGUUUUCCAUUUGUGGCUGAAAAUGUUGUAGCGUAAAGCUACCUUGUGCAUCUUUUGGUUGAAACUUGAGUUUUUAGGCUUAUAAACAUGAACUGUUACUGCUGAACGGCGGAGAUGAUGGACACUGUAUAUUGAUAGUCAAACUGCACUAAUCGAAAGCAUGCUAUAUGCUUGUGUUGGGUUAUUUCGGUAGGUUAAAUUGUAUGUGCCAAACUUUAUUGCAGCUCAGUUUUAGAUCGGAUAGGUUUAAAAAUCUAACCUUCUUCAUGCACAUUGUGUUAUGAGUGUUACGCUGACGUCAUGCAACUGAUCUUUUACAUCAAGACUACUUUUAUCUUCUUAUGUAGAUUGUUAGUAGCAAGUGAGUUUAAAAGGGAUUAGUUAAUCAUUUGGAAGACAUGUCUUUAGAGUAAAUAAUAAACAUGCACUAAUAUACCAAA